AUGGAAGAUAAGAAGACCAAAGUGCUUGUCAUCGGUGCAGGUGCAGCGGGCCCUAUCCUAGCCCUCGUCCUGGAACACAAAGGUUUCCUGGUGGAGAUGUACGAGCGUCACCCGCAGAUCCCCCAGGGAGGGCUAGCGAUGCAGCUCUCUGGCCAAUCGUUUAAGGUUCUCAACUUGCUCGGUUUAGCAGAGGGCGCGUUGGCGCUCGCAUUGCCUGUGGAACACGCGAAGCAUCGAUCUGAGCUAUCAGGAAGGGUGUUCUUGGAUGCACCUGCUGGAGCUGGGAUUCGCGCAGCAACAGGCUGGCCAAUAUGUACCGUCAACCGGUCCACGUACACCGCGUACUUGCUCUCGGAGUGCGCGAAGCGCGGCAUAAAAGUGUUCCGGGGAAAGAGGUUUCUAGACCUGGAGCAGGACGCGGUGGGCGUGAAAGCGCGGUUUGCGGAUGGAACCGAGGCGCGGGGAGAGAUGCUCGUUGGUUGCGACGGGGUGCAUAGUACCGUUAGGGAUGUGUUGUUUGGCAAGACACCUGCGGAGUAUACGGGCCUCAUUGGGAUCGCUGGCUAUACACCGUAUACUGCUACGCUACGCCCUGCAGAAGGACCGACGAUGGUCGAACAGGUCUGGGGGGACGGGUGUCACUUUGUCUCCCUUCCCAUGCUUGAGGAUCGCUGGAUGUGGGCAGUGAACAUGCCCGAAGAAGCGGAUUUGAUUGAGGAUUGGCGUACUCUCAAGCCGGCGGAUCAGGGGGUGAAAGAGAUGCUCCGGGAACUGCCGUGUUACAACUGGAGUGGAGGGGUGGGGGAGGUGAUAAAAGGCACUACAGAGCUGGUCAAGUUCGGGUUGUAUUUGAGGAGCGUUGCUCCGGUUUGGCAUAAGGGACGGGCGGUAUUGCUUGGAGAUGCUGCACAUCCGACGACGCCUUUCCUCGGUCAAGGAGCGAACCAAGCGACAGAAGACGUAUACCAUCUGGUCCGUCUCUUGCUGAAGCACGCCCCGUUUACGGAAGAGAACCUGGACAAAGCGUUCACGGAGUAUGCGAAUGUGAGGAUGGACCGUGUGCGGCGGACGAUUGAGCAGACCAAGAAGGAGGGAGACUUGAGGAUGAUCAAAGGAAGAGAGGCGUGUCUUGCGAGAGAGGAAGGGUUGACAAGGGGUAUGGGGACAGAGACGUGGAAGAUCAUAUUGGAGAUGAUUAGUGGUCCAUUUACUGGAGAGAGAGAAAUUUAG